UCAAACAUGGCAAUUUCUGAAUCUGGGAUUGGGUUAAAAGUGCUGACCUUGCAAAUUUAGUAAGCUUUUAUAAAGUACUGUAAACUUUUCCGGAUCUUCGUGGGAUCAGCUUUUGUGGGAGACACGUUAGGCACCUGAAUGAAGCUGAGGUGGAAGAUCCGCGGCGGGGCUGCCAGUCGCUCCCUUCGCCACUUGCACAGGCAGAGGGCGGGGGCUCGGGCUGUUGCGCCGUGGGGAUAGACGGGGCGUCGGACCAAUUACCGAGGCGCGGGCUUGCUGCAGCUUCGGGAGAAGGAAAGUUGGUGAAAGCACGGCGGCGCGGUUUUGUCGGAAGUUUGCGCAUAUGGUCGCAGCCAGUGAGUGACCACGGUGCGGGGGAAGGCAGAUUCGGUAUUGCUGAAGCCUCCGAGGGUUGCCCAAGCCGCCGAGGGACCCUCUCUGCGACCCAUCACAUGCAAACAGUAAACUCGAAGCAUGCUAUUGCCAGGCCUACCUUACAGGAAGGUAGCACCUCUUCCCUGCUUUCUGUGGUCAGUGGCUGGAACUUCAAGGGGAAGAAACGGAAGCAGAGGAAAAGAGAUGAAGAUUCACUGAGCUUGUGCAGCCUCGAUGGAAAUGAACCCAGUAACAAGCGGGUGAAACCUCUUUCCCGAGUCACAUCUUUAGCAAGUCUUAUUCCUCCUGUGAAGGCCACGCCUCUGAAGCGAUUCAGCCAGACAUUACAGCGUUCUAUUAGCUUCCGAAAUGACAGCCGGCCUGACAUUUUCACUCCGAGACCCUCUUCCAGAAAUGGUCCUGCUGUUAUCACAAAGCGUCGAGAUAGCAAACUAUGGAGUGAAACAUUUGACAUCCGUGUCAAUCAAAUGCUCACAGCUAAGGAAAUCAAAAGGCAAGAGGCAAUUUUUGAACUUUCCCAGGGAGAACAAGUUUUAAUUGAAGACUUAAAGCUAGCAAAAAAGGCUUAUCACGAUCCUAUGCUCAAACUCUCCAUUAUGACUGAACAGGAGCUGAAUCAGAUAUUUGGAACACUGGACUCCCUUAUUCCCUUGCAUGAAGAUCUUCUGAGUCGGCUCCGGGAAGCCAGGAAACCAGAUGGGACAACAGAACAUGUUGGCCACAUCCUUGUAGGCUGGCUUCCAUGUUUAAACUCCUACGAUAGUUACUGCAGCAACCAAGUAGCAGCCAAGGCCCUUUUGGAUCACAAGAAACAAGAUCAUAGAGUACAUGACUUCCUUCAACGUUGUUUAGAAUCUCCCUUUAGUCGCAAGCUGGACCUUUGGAAUUUUCUGGAUAUUCCACGUAGUCGAUUGGUGAAGUACCCCCUGCUCUUAAAAGAGAUCCUCAGACAUACUCCAAAUGACCACCCAGAUAAGCAGCACUUGGAAGAAGCAAUUAAUAUUGUUCAAGGGAUUGUAGCUGAAAUCAACAAGAAGACUGGUGAAUCAGAAUGCCAAUUUUAUAAGGAAAGACUGGUCUUUCUUGAGGAGAGUCAAAAAGAUCCUCUGAUUGAAAAUUCUAAAGUGCUGUGCUGUCAUGGAGACUUGAAGAACAAUAGAGGAGCAAAGCUCCACGUUUUCCUUUUUCAAGAAGUGCUUGUAAUUACCCGAGUGGUGACGUGCAGUGAACAGCUGUGCUACCAGCUGUACAGGCAACCCAUCCCUGUCGGGGACCUGGUGUUGGAUGACCUGCAGGAUGGGGAAGUGCGAUUAGGUGGAUCCAUUAGAGGCGCCUUCAGCAAUAAUGAGAGAACAAAAAACUUCUUCAGAGUAAGCUUUGUAGAUCCUUCUGAAGGGCAAUCCCAUUCACUUCAGGCCAAUGAUGCCUUCAACAAGCAGCAAUGGCUGAACUGCAUCAGACAGGCUAAAGAAGCUGUACGGCGUUCGUCGGGUGAUGCAGCAACGCUAGGAUGUAAGAGGCACAACCACCUAACUCCAAAUGGGAUCUUUAUGUCACAUGAAGAACCAAAGCUUGAAAUAAUGGACCAAUCAGACAAUGAAUCAGACUGUAGUAUGGAUACCAGUGAGAUUAGUGGAGACUAUGAACAGAUGGAAGAAACAAACUGUUGUGUAAAUCAGAAAAGAAUAGAGACAGAUGUUUGAUGUCAACGCAAUCCGUAGAAGUCCUCGGCAUUUUACCUGUACAGUAUUUGCAUUCCAUAAGGAGCAGUUUGGAAAAGCACUUUUAUUCCUUGUGAUGGUGUUCCUGGUGUUUUGAUAAUGCAUUCUUGACAAAUACUGCAAAGUACAGCCCUGUUAGCUGGAUUUUGUUGUCUCCACUGUUUGUGAUCUGAUGUGUUCUCCAACAUCAUCAUUUGGAUGGAUAAAAUAUUUUAUUAAUUUCUACAGCGCCCUGCUGGGUUGCAAGUUUCUCAACCACUGUUAUCUUUUGGACCAAUUCUAUGUGGAUUGAUACACUUGGAAGCAACAAGUUAACAGUUCAGAUGAUUAUGUAGAACACCAGGCAACAUUUGAGCGAAGCUGAACAAAACACUCAAAAUGAAUGAAAUAAAGUAACUCAUAGCCAACUCUAAUGGGUUCUGACCAAUUACAAUUAUAACUUAAUGGAAUUUGUUUUAGAUAAUUUCUUCUGAAGGAAGCUUCCUAGUAAUCGCUCCAUGCUGACUUGAUAAAUUCAUCACUCGAAAUGUCAUAAAUGUAACUGCUAAAUUUGCCAAAUUGUGAAUGUGUUGUCUAAUAUUUUCAAUUUUACAGGAUGAGUUUAUGCAGAAUAUUUGUCCAUGCCAUGUUUUCAUCUGUACAUAACAUGAUGCUCAUGUACAGUAUGAGGAAUCAAAAUGACAAGUCAUAAGAAAAAAGAAGCCAAAGCAUAUUACUUAUUAUUUUGAAGAAAAGUAAUGUGUUUAAUUUUACCUAGUAGAAUUUUCCUUGUAUUUAUAGUUUUUACAUAAAUUGCAGAACUAUUUGGCCAUUCACAAUAUAUUUGAAACAUUUAAUUUUAAAAACAUGAAUUCUGCGGGUAUCUUAUCCAAUGGCUAGACAAGGAAUUAAUGGAAGAUGGCGUGAAAUGUGGCUGUUGCAAUUUUUAAGACUGAUAUGUAAUUGCAUAUAUAACCAAUGGGAGAAGCCUAGUCCUGGAGGUAAUACUAUUAUUCAUUUGGUAAACAUUAUUUGGAAGAUAAGGAGUGAGAACAUGAUAGUCAAAGGAAUAAACUCAGACACGGUAAUUUUGUAAAAUGGAGUGGUUUUAUUUCUUCUUUUUGACAACCUUACCAGCCUUUUAUAAGUCAUUUUUACUAGCAGUCAAGUUAAAAUUCUGAACGAAUAUGAAAAACUGGAACCAAAUAGCAAAAGAGUCCAGCAGAGUAUUAGAUUGUGAUGAGUUUGGCCAGUAGGUUACAGCAGCAUGUCACUAAAAUGCUUCUAGUUGCACUUGAUGGGCAUUGAGCAUUCUGCUCUCACAGUAGCUCAGCCAUGAAUUGUAAUCCAGUAUGCCCUUGAAAGUCCAGGAAAUCAAAUGCAAAUAUGUCUUAUCCAUCCUGCAACUCUAUUGUUUUUUUUUCUUGUGCACUUUUGUAUUGUUACAUGCUCAGUGGUAAUUCUUUGAAGUGUAGAUUAAACUAUAGUUAAUUUUUGGAGCAACCUACUCAAAUUUUAGAGGUGAGAGGAGGAAAAUGGAUGCAGUGACAAAGAGGAGGAACUGAGUAGGAAGCUGCCAGUCUGGUGUCGUCAUAUUCUGGCGGCUAUUUUGAUACAGGCAUUAAUUCUGCAGAAAUAAAUUGUCAGCUCUAUUAGAGAGGCAGCUAUAUAAAUGGUGUACUAAUGCACUAAAAAUUAAUCUAACAUCUACCAGCCAAGAUUACUAGGUUUUGUUCUCAGUGAAUCAGUGGUAAAAUGUGCUUUCCUCAAAAAGGACAACAAAUGCAAACAUGAUCUUGAUUGGAAGUUAGCCAUUCAUAUUGCUUAGGCUUUGCAUGACUUCCCACUAUGUAAUAUUAAAACCCUGAAAUCUUAAUUAUCAAUUCAUAUUGUGUGAAUGUCAUUGGCAAGGCCAGCAUUUAUUAUUCAUCCCUUAUUGCCAUUUCAAGAGAACACAUUUGGAGAGGGUGGGAAAUUGCUGUGAAAGGGAGUGACUGUAGUCACUCAUUGAUUACAAUGGGUAUGAAUGGCUGAUUUUCUUCCCUGGAGUUAACUAGUGAAUCAGGUUUUUUGAUUUAAUAACAAUUUAAUAGUUUCAGAGAGAUGAUUUCUGAUACUGGCUUUUUAUCCUAAAUUUAAUUAAUUGAAUUUAAAUUCCACAGCUACCAUAAUAGAGUUGGAUCAAUUGACUUGGCAUCCACCUUUACUACCAUUAUGCUACUGCUUCUCCUGUAUUUUCAUUCAGAAAUAUAAGUAGCUUAACUUAAUGUACCUUAUAUGUCCAUGACUAUUCUGCAGUGGUUGUUACAUGACUGAGACUGUGGUUUAUAAGUAUAUAUAACCAAUAGGCCCCAAUGGAAUCUAUUGUUUAUUUAUUGUUAACAGUAAUAGUUUGGAGAGGCGAGGAGCAGUUGAAGAUUGUGAAGAUAGAAAACCAUACUUAGAGGCACUAAAGUGGAAUCCUAUUUGUGUUCAGAUCAAAACUU